UCCUUGUUCCGUUCUUCGUCUUGGACUGAAGCGGGAAGAUUGGAGUUCGACCCGAACCUGCUAACAAUUGAAGAUCGAGGUUCGCUUUUUGAGAAACCGAAACUUCGGCAUCUAAUUUUGUUCAAUUUUAUUCGUAUAUAUACUUCACAAUGUGGGGCAAUAAUGAAGGCUUUGGUGGAGACUUUGAUGGAGGGGCUGAUGCUGGUGGAGGUGGCGGAUUUAUGAACACAACCUCCCAGUUUGGGACUCCAGGUGGUGCUAAAAAGGAGCGUCGCACACAGAACAUCUUGUCUACCACCAUCAGGACUAUACAGGAAUGCCAAGAGGAUACGUUUACUGUUGAUGGGAUGGAGAUUAACAUGGUGUGCUUGGUUGGAAUCAUCCGCAGUGUGGACAUCAGCAGCACUAAGAUCUCUUACGUCUUGCACGACCACACAGGCCUCAUAGAUGUUCUCAGAUACCCUGAUGGAGAUGCCGAAGAAACAAAUGCAAAUGAGGCCCUAGCAGAGGGUGUGUAUGCCAAGGUCUACGGUCCAGUGAGAUCCCACCAGGAGAAGCGACACAUCAUCGGCUUCCGUGUUGAACAAAUUGAGGACCCGAAUUGGAUUACCACUCACAUCUUAGAAGUUAUUCAUCAGAACCUCAAGUUGAAGAAAUUGGCAGAUGGCUCCAUGGGCAACGGUAACGUUCCAAUUCUCGCCAACUCGUCUAUCAUGAGCGGUCCAUCGGUGCCGGGAGGCAGCGGCAACUCAGACAAGGAUCUCGUGUAUUCCAUUAUUGCCAGGGGCGCAAACUCUGACAUCGGCAUGAGCAAGAUGGCCAUCAAAUCUGCGUUGCAGGGCAGGCUCACCGGCGACAAAGUCGAUCGGCUGAUGGAAGAGCUGUCGUCAGACGGCAGCAUCUACACCACCGUGGACGACGAACACUUCAUGGCCAUCGAGUCGAACUGAUUACUCCUAAUCCUUCAUCAUUGAAUAAUCGGCAACUUAUUCCUUUGUGAUUUAUUAUGAGCUAAUUUGUUCAAGAUUCGCACUGUGUUUUCGGUGAUCAAUUAGGAUUGCCUUGACUGUUCUAAGUUUUCCAGGAUGAAUCCGUUUUCUAUUUUUCUAAAUGAUUUCCUUAACUACCAUCUAAUUAGGCAAACGUAUACAGCAAAACUUUAGGAUGAAUUAAACUAUGAAGCGACAUUCAAAUUAUACGUUUUUAAUAAAAGAACAAAUGAA